GAGAAAAUCAUCUGUCAAAGUCAAAGUAAAAUCUCCGGGAGAUGGAAAUAAAAAAUUAGAAUUUAUCUGUUUUAAAAUUAUUUUAUGCACAAGAAUACUCAAACCGGAUCCUAGAUAUGCUUCCGGACACUUUGUUGUUCGCUUUUGCUCUCUUGGACACAGGAUUCGUCCUUUUCAUUCUCGUUUACUAUGUGAUAUUGCUCUCUGAUCUUGAAUGUGACUACCUGAAUGCUCAACAGUGCUGCUCAAAGCUCAAUUUUUGGGUACUUCCUCGUGCUGGAGCCCACAUCUUCCUGGUCAUUUUCCUCAUUAUCAACGGCCACUGGUGGUUGGUCCUCUUCAAUUUCCCUCUAGUCACAUGGAUAAUCUAUGAAAUUGCCAAAAUACCCAGCGGUAACAUGGGUAUUUAUGAUCCUACGGAAAUUCACAACAGAGGUAUGGUCAGGAAGCACUUACGCGACUGUAUGAUUUACCUAGGAUUCUAUCUCAUUGCAUUCUUCAUCUAUCUCUACUGCAUGAUUAUUGCAAUGCUAAAAGGAGAUCCAAUCCGGAGGCAUGAAGAAGAGGAUAUAGUCACGGAAUUUUGAUCUCACCACUCAUCUAAGUCAUUAUAGUUGCUCAAGACUGCUGCAGGAACUAACUUAUUGUCCUAAUUUAAUCGAAUAAAUCUCGUCCUGGAAAAUUGGA